CCGCAGUCAACCACUUCGGCAGCAAAAUUGGCAAAAAAGGCAAAGGGGAAUAUUAACCUUGUUUGCAUAAAAAAUGACACAAGGAAAGGUAACGACUGUUACGUGGACUGGUUAUUCUUCUCACCAUAUUUUCAAUCAAAGCUAAUAAAUUUCCUCAUUAAUCUUUCAUUGAAUUUGACCCUCCCAACCAAAUUAAAUAAAUUGCCCAAACCAACCAUGUUUAAGGAAAACACACAAAAGUUGAAAGGACCCUUUUCUUCUCUCCAAGAGUUCGAUUUGACCUCAAACUCCUUCCUUGCUGCUAAAAAAAAUUGAAGCUUUUUCCUCUUUUGUCUUGCCUAAGCAAUAUAACCUCUCCCUUUCUUUAUCCCCACCACCACCCUUUCUCUUUUCCUACUUUCUCCCUAUUGAUUCAGUCGUUUGCCAAAAAGAGUCUGCUUUUGCUCUCUUUGAAAAAAAGCCCACUUCUUGAUUCUGCAGGAGGGAAUCUCUCAGAAACCAUGGGGCUCAAGGAUCUCCAUCUCAAGCUCAAGGCACUCAGGCUAAGGCGAUUGCUCAUAGGCCACAGGAAGAAGAGAAGGGGAAUUGGAUCUGGAAAGAAACCUUCAUGGAUGAGACCAAUCUCCCAUGGCUACCAUGUUGUUGAAGACCAGCCUUCCAGAAUUGGCAGAGAAGCAGCAACAUCAGCACCAUGUGAUUCUGUUGUUGUGCAGAGAGAGCAGGUUGAGGAGAUUGACUUGUGGUUCUUUGGGGUGUUUGAUACUCAAACUGGUGAUAGAAUCACAAAGCAUUUGCAAUCCCAUCUCUUUGAUAAGCUCACCAAAGAGUCACAGGUGAGGAGAAAGAGUAAAGAGGCAAUCAGAAAAGCAUAUCUUAGUGCAAAAGCGAAAAUCAGAGAGGGAUUGAAGCCAGACGAGAUUCUGAGAAUUGGGUCGGCGUCAGCAAUGGUGAUCAAUGCAGAAAAGCUUCUUGUUGCCAGCAUGGGUGACUACAGAGCUGUGGUUUGCAGAGAUGGCGUGGCUCAUGACUCUGGUGAUAAGCACAGCUCGUCAAGAAGGCACUGGACUCGCCGACUUUUCUCAGGAUGGAACAGUGGAUCUGAACAUAAGAAGGUGAAGGGUUCUUCAGAACUCGGUAUCCGGGUUCAGAAGAUUGACUCGGAUACUGAGUUUGUAAUCAUAGGAAGCAAUGGCAUAUGGGAGGUGAUGAAGAAACAAGAAGCUGUGAGUCUGAUUCGGCAUAUGGAGAACCCACAAGAAGCUGCUGAAUGUUUGACAAUGGAGGCUUUAACUAGGAUGAGCAAAAGCUGCAUUUCUUGCCUGGUUAUUCGCUUCGACUAGUGCCAAUGCCUGCUUAUAUCGCAUAACAGCAGCUUGCAAAGUUUUAGCAGCACCACGAUUAUUUUCUAAUCUGUAGUAGUUCAUCCUAGAAAUGGUGGGAUGCCUGAUAUUUUUUUUUUCUUCCCUUUUCUAUAAUGUUUAGAGAGGCUGAUUCUAGUUUCAGAGGUUGAUUGGAAUCUCCGUAAAACGAGGGAAUAUUUAGCUGAAUGCAGCUAAAAGGCUUCUUGUACUUUCAGAUUGAGAAGUAUGCAUUGAGAUCUAUGUACCCUGAUGCCAUGUCGAUACAAACAGAGAGUUGAGGCAUUUCUAUUUUGUCGUCCACUAACAUUUGUAUGCGAUUAUAUUUACCCAAGAGUUGCAGGUGAAAGCUGUUUUAUGCCAAGAAACGAAAACAAUUUCA